UAAACUGAUUUCCAAACAUUAAAAUGUCUAAUAAUAAACCUCGCCAUGUAUUCCAAAGAGAUCGUACCUUUGCAAAAUAUGAGUCAAAUCAGCGACGAUGGAGUGCCAUAAAUGAUGAUUUGACGAUAACUAAUAGAACUACAAAAGAACUCCCAGCAAACGAUGAAAUCAUUAUUCGCAACAUAUCUACUUCUAAUAGCGACCUUUUAGAUUGCCCUAUAGAUUUAAAAGAAACCAAAGAGGCACCUUCAUUUAGGACUUAUAAAAGUAGAUUUUCCAGUACUCCACUUCUGCUAGAGGAUACCAGUGAAACUAAUGAAAAUUCUCCCGGCACACCUGAACCCGCUCUAUGGGGUGUUAAACAGAAAUUACUGCUCUUUGAGAACAUUAAUGCGGAAGAGAGAAAACCAAGAAAACUGCACAGGCCAGGACGCAAACCGGAAUAUGAAAUAAGAAAAUUUGUAUCCAAAUGGCAUAUGGGUCAUAAAGAGACGGCCAAACAUGCAAGUAGUGAGGACAUUUUUCUGCAAGCCAGAGUUCAACAAAGGGAAAGAUUGUAUGCUGAAGUAACGCGUAAAAAUGAUUUUACCAAACAGCAGACCAUCGCCUUGCUGCAAAAGGAAUCUGAGAAUAGUUGUGCCACUCCCAAAAUAGCAUAUAUUUCACCCUUCAACAAUGCACCUGAUGAUAACUUUGGUGAGGCAGAUAAUCACUCAACUACAGAAGCGAUAAAUCCUAGUUUACAAAGCCCAACUGCAAGCUGUAUACAAGACAGCAAGAAGGCAAAAGAAUGGACUUCAUCACAUGAUUCAAAUGCAUUACAAGCUAUUUCUGAGGUGGUAGCAGCUAUUCUUGAACAAAAAUCUAGAAAUUCUUCAGAUUUACAGUAUGAUCGUAGUAAUGAUAAUCUGCCCUUAGCUCAAGUUAAACCAAUUGCGAACAAAUCUUUCUUAACACCAACUUUUAAAACUUUAUUGUCAAUGGAUGAUGAACAACAUUUUGAGGAGGAGAGAAAGCAUUUAAUUGAAAGUGAAAAUGAGAAUGAAAAUAAACAUCGAUUCUCUCAGGUUAAUUCAAGCUCUUUGUAUUCAACGAGUCAGAAGGACUUCUUUGAAGCAAUACCGCCACAAAAUGAUAAUGACAUAUCACCCAAGACGGAUGAAAUUCCAAGCGAUAAUGUUUCAAAUGAAAUGAAUGUUUUGGCAAAACCAAUAAAUAAAUCAUUGGCUUUGCUCAAGGAUGAAAACUCCGCUUUUGAUAGCAGUCCGGAGAGAGUGGAAGUUCUAAUAAAACGCAACAAUAAGGAAUUGACCAGAAACUAUGCCUCAUUGACAGCUGCACAAACUGUUCGGAUUCGAGGAGAGAAAUACAUCUCAUUAAGGCCUCCACAGAGUGACGUUGAAGAAGAAGACCACCAGGAAAUGUAUGCCAAAGGUCAGAAGAGUAUACAACCCAUACUGGAUGAAUUGAUUAAAACCGAAGAGACUUAUGUGGAAUCUCUGUGGGAUGGCCUCAAAAAUUAUGGUAGCUUAUUUGAACGAAAAGAUUUGCCCCUGGCACUUAAGGGCAAAAAAUAUGUUCUCUUCUGUAACAUGGAGCAAAUUGCUGAAUUCCAUCGCGAUGAGUUCUUACCCAUGCUGCAAAGGAAUCGUGGUGAUUUGAAACAGCUCUUUGAUGAAUUUCAAAUAUUCAUAGAGCAAAACUGUUUCUAUUGCUAUGUCCUGUAUGCCAUAAAUAAUCAAAAAUCUUUGGAGUUGUGUGAUGGUUUUAAAAAGUAUUUCAAGACUUUACAGACAGAAUGCAAUGAUACGCUUGGAAUAAACAGCUUUAUUCUGCAACCCAUACAACGUAUAGCUCGUUACCCUUUGUUACUUAAGGAGUUUAUAAAAAAACUUUUCGAUAAGUAUCCAUUGAAGCCAGUUAUCGAUUCUUGUUGCCGCUUGGAUAAAAAAUUUCAGGAUCUCUUAAGUGCCAUUAACAAUUCGGAGGUUAUCAACGACCUAGCUUGUCUCAAUGAAACUCAUGAGUUUAACAUUUUCUUUCAAGGAAAAUUUCGCAAUGUUGGUGAAUUCAAUGUCCAUGAUCAUCAUCUCAAACGCAGCUAUCGUUCCAAGGUUUUCGCCUAUGACAAAUGCAUUAUCUAUACAGAGAUAAAACGAAAGGAAGUGGUAUUUCGUGGUCGUUAUCCCCGAGAGCAUUUAGGCAUAAGUACGCAAUCGAAAAGUUUUACACUCUUCUACAACAAACGCAAGCAACAAGAAUGUGAUUUUAUGGGCGAUCACUUGCUUAUCAAGCAGUGGCAGCAGUUGAUAUUGGACAUAAUCUCGGCAUAUGCUAGCGAAGAGCGCAUGAGAAUCAAACAACUGCAUAUGAGAAAAAAUGGCGAAGUAUCACAAAUGCGAAUAAAACCAGCAGCAAAUUUGUUACUCUUCCGCGAUUCGAAUCGUUUUAGCACAGAUAUUGAGACAUUUUCUUAGGGUGAUUUAAUUGAUGUACGGU